CAAGUAUCUCAAAUGAUGCAAGAUGGCUAUGUACAGCUAAGUCCGUCAAAAUAAAGGGAGGGUCAAACUACGUGUCGAUGCAACCACUAAGCGAUCCUGAGUACGUCUCAGAUCGUUACGAGUACAUCUCUAGAGGACUCCUCCUAAACUCUAUUCUUCACCUAAGCAGUACGCACUCCAUGAAGAAGUACAGUUUUUCACAAAUCCUCUGGCGUUUUGAAGGAAAAAGUGCAUUCAGAUUAGGUCAAAAAGUUUUGGUCAACUGUAAAGAAAGUGAAUACGGAAGCACAAAUACAGGAAGCAGCGAUAAUACAGGAGUUUCUGAAGAUGCUGUGAAUGAUGUCUUCCUGGCAUCUAAGUAUCUAAGAGAUGGAGAAGUUGUAUUCGAUAGUGACAUGACUCAAUAUUAUAACGAUGAUUAUAAUACCUGCACUUCACCACAGCGGUUCGAGACAAGUGUGUCUGUUCUCAAUCUGAUUAGCAAUCAAAAACCAAACAAUGAGUUGAACAAGAAUAAAGGAGAUUCUGAUAGAAAUGUAAAUAAGAACUCAGGCGAGUAUUUGACGUUUGAUUAUAACUCUCUAGAAUGA